UCAUCCUCGUCGAACCCCACAUCACCAUGUUACCCGCAGCCUCACAUGCGAUAGCAAGGGGCAUGGCUCGCCCUGCCUCUUCAUCAGCAUACACCAUCCUUUCAAGACGGUCCUUUGCCUCACAAGGGCCUCCUCCGCCCAAGCCGCCGCCGCCGCCUCCUCGCAGCGACGAGGAGCAAUCAGCCGACAAGGUCGACCCGGCGGCGGCCAAGGAGGAUGCUUCCACCUCUACGCCAGCAACCCAGCGCCCUCGCGGCCUUUCUGCCUUCGAUAUCGACACAACGCUAGCUACCAUCCCCGACGAAGGCAGUGGCUCAAAGGGUGGUCGCACGGGCGCGCGUGCGAGAUCAGAUCGUCCUCAGUCUUCCAUCGAAAAGUCCCGCAGAAACUGGUAUCGCCUCGCCUUCCUUGGCAUGCUGGGUUUCGGGGGCUAUCAGCUGGCCCUACUUGGGCGUGAUUGGGACACAGUCAAGGAUCGUGAACGUUUCGCCUCAGACCCGUCCAGCUCCAAUGCCCUUGGCAGGAUCAAGCUGAGGCUGAAAGCGGCUUAUGACGACUUUAACGCUCCUGUGUGGGAGAAGCUCCUUCCCGACCCCUUGCCGGACCCAUAUCAACGCCCUUACACCUUGGUGGUCGACUUGGACGACUUGCUCGUGCACAGCCACUGGACAAGAGAGCAUGGCUGGCGUACAGCUAAACGUCCAGGGCUCGACUACUUCCUGGGCUACCUCAGCCAGUUCUGGGAGAUUGUCCUGUACACCAGCCAGCCAUUCUACGCUGUUGGCCCCAUCAUUGAGAAGCUGGACCCUGAUCGCCGAUUCAUUGCGUACAUGCUCUUCCGCGAGUCAUGCCGCACUCUUCCUAAUGGCCAGAUCGUCAAGGAUCUGUCAGCAUUGAAUCGCGACCUGUCAAAGGUACUGGUCCUGGACACCGACAAGAGCAAAUACGCGCUGCACCCGGAGAAUGGAGUCGAACUCAAGAAGUGGCAGGGGGACAGGAAGGACACCGAGUUACUCGACGUGCUGAGCUUCCUCGAGGCAAUUGCCAUCUACAACAUCGCUGAUGUCAGGCCGGUGCUGAAGAACUACGAGGGCCAAUACCUCCCAGAAGAGUUUGCCCGCAAACAGCGAGAAGACAAGCAGCGUCGUCUUGCCGAAUGGCAGGCCUCUGGCUCCAAGCCCAGCGGCAGCAGCAGUAGCUGGGGUAGUCUCUUUUCUGGAAUCAAGGGCUCGAGCAGCCCCUCAGCACAGGGUGGCGCCCAUGGCCCGCCCAAGACGCUGUUUGAACAGGAGCAAGACAGGUUCCGCCAGCAGUAUGUCGAAGAGCAGAAGUACUGGGCGGAGAAUGGCGAGGCGAUGAGGAAGGCGGCGAAGGAGGAGCAGGAGAAGCAGAUGGCCAACAUGAAGUUUAGCGUGUUUGACCUCUUGUCGGGCAAGCAAUUUGACCAGGCGGCGCAAGCUGCUCAGCAGGGAGGACCGGGAGGGGACAAGAAGUAGACACUGUGACGGAAGGAGCGUAGAGAUGGGAUGGGCUCUCAGGGUGAGAAGGGAGGAGAGGCGAGGGGAGCAGCGAGACGCUUGCACUACACUACCACCACUACUACCACUCGUAUCUGUAUCUCCUCUAUCCUGGUCAAUCUGGUAUUGCAUGCAAACGUAUCUCGCACCGCGCUACUCCCAUUGCACCCUCCCUUUCGCCCACUGAUCCGCCACCAUAUUCAAGCG